AUGCCGCCUGGUUUUAAAGCACCUCCGAUGCCACCCGGUUUCAAAAUGCCCCCCAGACCGCCAAUGCCGCCAGGAUUCAAAAUGCCUCCCGGUGGGCCGCGUCCACCGGGACCGCCAAUGCCACCACAUGCUCAACAGGGAUCAUAUCCAAAUUACCCAACUCCUCCCGGAGCGCCUCCGAUGCCACCCGGCGGUCGUUAUGCCCCCGCACCGCCGCGACCCCCAAGUGGAGGAUCGGAUCAAGAAAAUGGACAGGGUUAUAUGAUGCAUUCGGGCGCCGUGCACGGACAAUAUGACGCGUAUGCACGAGAGGACUACAAUUACGGAGUGCCUCCGGGUCCCGAUUCACGCGGGUAUUCGUCAUAUCAUCCCUCACAACAAUACCACCAGGGAUACUAUGGAGCUCCUGCUGCGCACGGUGGCGAAAAUCGUGGCAACCGCCGUGAUGAAGAGGCCCGUGAACCGACCAACACCGUGUGGGUGGGGAACCUGGACGUCCAGAGGCAUUCGGAUGACUUUCUGAGGCAAGAGUUUCGGGAAUUUGGAAGGGUUGUACGCAUUGCUAAGGUGCCUGACAAGAGUUAUUGUUUUGUGCAUUUCCGCUAUGUGGAGGAGGCGCGUAACGCCGUUGAGACGCUUAGUGCGAGGGGCUCAUUGGGUGGAGCAAGGUUUAGCUACGGCAAGAUGUUUGACUACUCGCAGGAUGAAGGGGGCAUGCAGCAGGAUGGAGGCAUGUCAAAUCAAGGAAUGCGACCACCUCGACGUCCCCGUGAGGAGGAACGUCACGAACAUGAAGAGCGCCGCCGGCGCCCUCGUCGCGAUGAGGAACCGAUGGAGCCGACUAAUGUGUUGUGGAUUGGGGACCUUCCCCCAACUAUUACAAAUGAGGAGCUGAAUGAGAAUUUCAAGGUCUUUGGAACAAUUUUAAAUAUUUCGAGAUUAGACUGUAAGAAUAUGGCAUUUAUUCACUUCGAAAAUAUUGAAAGCUGUACGCAGGCUCUAGACUUAAUGCGUGAUCAGCUCAUUUGUGGCGCCCGUGUUGCGCUUAAUUACGGUCGAGCGCAACGCAAUCCUGUCUCCCAGACGACCGGACUCUCACCAGAUGGCAUCCCACUUAGUGAAACCCCGACAAAUGUAAUAUUCGUUGGGCAGUUUGCAACAGAUGUGACAGAGGAGGAUAUAGAAGCUUUGUUUGAGCCUUUUGAAGGGUUCAUCAAUUCCAAGUUUAUCCACUCCAGCUGCAUCGCCUUCGGACAUUUCGAUACAGUAGAUCACGCCCGCGCCGCUCGUGUGGCAUUGAACAACACUCUUUUAAAAGGGGCUCCUGCGCGCAUUAGUUUCGGUAAGACAAAUCACACACUUACCAUGGCUGACCGCAUGCGCCGGGGAAGACCAGCACCUCUUGUGGAUGGAGUUGAGGUCAUCCCUGAGACCGCUGCAGGUGCGCCGGGCCGUGGCUCGCUUGAUGGCGUUAGCGGUGCACUUGUCGCAGGUCCUGGUUUGAGUGGUGCGUCGGAAAAUGGAGCAGUGGUGAUGAUCCCUGCAAUGGGUGCGGCUGUCACUGCCACCUCGCCCCCGCAAGCUCAUGCUUCUUUUACGCGUGAGAGACCUGCUCCCGACAUGACUUUAGAUGCUCGGUUACAAUCACUUCUAGGUGCCACGUAUAAUUCCUGCGGAGAGGCGGAGAAGUCGUUAAGUCCGAGUGUUAUUCAAACUAUAUGUGAUUUGAUCGAUGACUGCGUGGAUGAAGGUAGUGAGAAGCGACUGGAUGACGCUAUCUUUUUAUACACUCCACUUAAUUCGGCUCAUGUGUUCGGCAUUCUAGCCAAACGGAUGCAAAGUUUUUUUAACGACGAUCCUCACAAGAAACUUUACAUUGCGUACGCAGCUACUCGCGUAUUGUUGGCAGCGAAAACGGACUACGUUUUCUUUACCAAGGCUGCCAUGAAUGCCUACCUUAUGGUAUUAUUUGUAACCAGUCAAGGACAAACACCUGAUGGGAUGGAGCAACUUGUCGCCAUAAUUGAAAGUGUGCGUCGACACCCCUUCAUUGAGAAACAGCGAUUGGAUGCCGAAUAUACGGAAAUUUUCCGCGGCCAAUUGGAGGAAAUCCUCGGACGUGCAAAGGAAGAACAGGACCUGACGUCUCUCAUCACAAAGAAGAGGCGUCGGUAA